AUGGAUAGACUAUUAUUGACUAUUUUAUCAAUAUUUUUGAUUUAUUUUGUUGGUAAUGUCGAUGGAAUUCGAUGUUAUAAUUGUCUUCAAGAUUGUUCUGAUCCAUUCAAUAAAACAAAUACAAAUGCUAAUUCAAUAACAUCCUUAAGUGGAUGGUGUAUGAAACUUAAAACAUCUCGAAAACAUGAUUUUGUAUUUACUCGUACAUCAGCACCAUUCGGUAUAUGUAAUGAAAAUAAAUGUAAAACAUCUCAUCAUGAUGGAGUAUCCAUUAUAAAUAGUGAUCGAUGCGCCUGUUGUUUUCCAAAUCAAUCACAUAAUUGUCAAACACCUGCUAUUGAUUUACCAUGUAAUGAAUGUACAAGCGAUUUUUGUGCGCAACAUGUAAAAGGAUGUCAAGGAUUUCCAGCAUGUAAAGCUGAAUGUAUGUCAAGUUCAAGUUCCACUACGACAAUGCCAAGUCCGAGUUCUACUAUGACAACGUCAAGUUCAACUUUCACUACGACAGUACCAAUAAAAUCUAGUACAUUCAACGGCGGAUCUAUGAAUCAAUAUGGAUUAUUUAUUAUUUCCAUUCAUUUGACAUUAUUAACCCUUAUCAAUUUUUUUUAUAUUGAAAUACAAUAA